CAGUCCACGGGCAUCAACUUUUCCCAGUACGAGGCGAUCCCCGUGACGCGCGGCCGGGUGUCCGAGGCGGACGUCGCGCCGCUGCCUUCGUUCGCCGCCGUGAAGAACGUGCCCGGCUGGCUCAAGCAGACGCUGACGGCCCCGGACCGCAUGAACUACGACACGCCGACGCCCAUCCAGAAGCACACGAUCCCCCUCGCGCUCGCGGGGCACGACGUCAUCGCCACCGCGCAGACGGGCUCGGGCCAGCGCUCGGGCAAGACCGUCGCGUUCCUCCUGCCGUGCGUGACGUCGGCCGCCGCGGCGCGCAAGGCCUCGCGGGGCGGCGGCGCCGCGGCGCCGUCGACGUUGGUAUUAGCCCCGACGCGCGAGCUCGCGACGCAGAUCGCCGACGAGGCCGUCAAGCUCACGUUCGACGCGCCGAAGUCGAGCAAGAACUGGUGCGUCUGCUGCUACGGCGGCGCGAACGCGCGGGGCCAGCUGGCGCGCCUGGCCCGGGGCGUCGAGAUCCUCGUGGCGACGCCGGGCCGCCUCGUCGACUUCCUCGAGCGGUCGAGCGACCGCGGGCCCCUCGUGUCGCUCGAGAGCGUCAGGUUCGCCGUCCUCGACGAGGCGGACCGCAUGCUCGACAUGGGCUUCGAGCCCCAGCUGCGCAAGAUCGUCGCCAAGCUCCCGGCGGCGCGGGAGCGCCAGACCCUGAUGUUCAGCGCGACCUUCUCGCCGGCGGUGCAGCAGGUCGCGCGCGCGUACCUCGACGGGGCGCGCGUCGCCGAGGUCACCGUGGGCCGCGUGGGCUCGAGCGUCGCGUCCAUCGAGCAGCGCCUGGUCUUUUCGCCCGCGUCGGACAAGCGGUCGAAGCUCGAGCUGCUGCUGCCCGUCCUGGCGCCGGGCGAGAAGACCAUCGUCUUCGUCCAGAAGAAGCACGUCGCGACGUGGGUCAAGCGCGAGCUGGCCAAGGCCAAAUUCCGCGCGGAGGACAUCCACGGCGACCGGUCCCAGUCCCAGCGGGAGGCGGCGCUGGAGAGCUUCAAGCAGGGCCGCUGCGACGUCCUCGUGGCCACGGACGUCGCCGCGCGCGGCCUCGACGUCAACGACGUCGCGCACGUCGUCCAGUUCGACCUGCCCCAGGACGACUUCGACACCUACGUGCACCGCAUCGGCCGCACGGGCCGCGCGGGCAAGACGGGCGUCGCGACGGCCUUCUUCGUCCCGGGCUUCGAGCCCAAGCACGGCAACCAGGCGCUCCACCGCGACCUCCUGCGCAUGCUCGAGGAGAACAAGCAGCAGGUGCCGCGCUGG